CAAUUCUCUAAGACUUGUAGCAGACUCAUAAACUCUUUACAAUGAGCACCGGGUUUACACAGAGAACCAAACCCACAUCAUGGCUUGCACUAUUGAUUUUCGCCGCCUUGAUGAGGGUUUCGGCGGCAAAACUUACAAGCGAAAGCGCCAAGAAUCUCAGGUCUCUGCCGAUACUGCCAAUCUCAACGACGCUACCGCAGCCGCCUCCUCCAUGGAUGUCGAUGAUUCUUGUCCCCCACCCGCAAAGCGUUCAGCGGUGCCUUCCUCUGAAGACCCCAACAAACCUACCUUCGGUCAACCCACCUACGAUGGCGUGAUCGCCGGAAGGGUGUCGGGUCGGAACUGGAAGCAACCUAGAAAGCAGCGUGCGUCGGCGAAGCACGUGAGUAUAAAGAGGCCGAGUCUGGAGGAGAGGGAGAGGCAAAAGGAGAUAAAGAGAGCUUAUAGAGAGAGGGUUGAUGAAUUGAAGGAAGAGAUAAGGCAGAGCAAGUUGGAGAAGAGGAAGAAGAGAGAGGAGAGGGAGAAGAAGAAGAAGGAGAACAUAUUGAGGUCUGGAACUAAGUUUCAGAAGAUUACAAACCCUAAGACUCUGAAGAAGAUUGCCAAGUCCAAGCAAAAGAAGUUGCUUCAAGUUGUCCCUGAUGAUUUCCUCAACAAGAAAUCCAAGUAAUGAUAAUUACUAGGAAAACCCCUUUAUUAGUUUCAAUUUUGUUUCCCUUUUAUUAUUGUUAUAUGUGCCUUGUUGCUUCCUUCUGUUGGAAAGAAGUAAUGCUUUUAUUUUGGAUUAAUGAAUUUGAAAUUCUGUAUUUGGUUUCUUUUGAGGAGUUCAAUGGUGUUCUAGAAAA